UUUUAUGGCCCUCUGGAACGUAUGGAUUGCCAAAGCCGAAAUCAGGUUGUCCAGAGUCCUCAGGUUUUCUCUGGAAGACUGGCACGAGGUUCUACGACACCGAAGACGAUGGGACUGAAAACCAUAACUCUGAUGCGUACCAUCUUGCUGGUGACGUCACUGAAGAUGGAAUCACGUGGGAGUUCUGUAUGAAAACAAAAGAUGUCGGAUUAAAAAGGUAAAGAGAUACUUGGGAACUAUUUAUAAUUAUAGACCCAUUGCACAUGACGUCACAGCGCCAGUGACGAUGCAUCUGGAGGACAAAUUAGCCAUCUAUGCAUAAUAUAACUUUUGUAAACAAAGAAAAUUUUGUAAAACUUUAUAAUAAUUUUGUAUUAAAAUGGUUAAUUUUUGCGCUGUAUGUGGUUGCUGUACCCGAACAGAUAUUGUUAGGGAGCAUCUGGAGGACACUCCAAGGACUUGUGACGUUAGUGCAAUGGGUCUAUUACAUAAAAUAAUUAUCCCUUAUUUACUGAGACCGAGGGAAACAGCGUGCUUUGUGGCCCCGAGACAAUGGCGUAGCCAGCAUGACGAUUUGGUCCCGAUAUGCACAUUUCCACUCAUCAUCAUUAUUCAUUUCUUUAGAAAUCGAUUGUGUUGAUAGUUUAUAAAAAUGGCAAUAUUUGCAUAGCGGGACUGAAUCGUCGGACUGGCUACGCCACUGCCCCAAGACCGUCGUUGUUGCCCGUGGCGAAGUCGAGUUUCAACGUUACGCUGAAACCGCACUGUAUUGACAUUAUUCUCUAUUAAUUAUUUUAGCUGGCCUCAAGGUAAAUACUGCAUAUAUAAGAAAGGUGCUGGUUGUCCCGGCGGUCUACAGGCAGGUUUUGUUUACUGGGAUGACGAGAAUAUAGACAACAAGAACCACUUUAAUGGCGACCUGCCUGAGGGCGAGUACACGGAUAAAACAAAGAUAUCGUUCUGCUGCAGCACAACUGGCAAAGCUGAAUCUGAAAUUGUUUUGCCAACCGAGAAACCGUUUUAUUUGUUCCCUUAUGGGGACACUGCAUGUCAAAAGGUGGGUAUGUGGUUUAGUGAAGGAUUUUGUAGAUGUCAAAUUUCCGAAGUGCAAAUUUUAUACAUUUUUAAGAGGCUGAUUACAUGGACCGGGCCAGCCCGGUUAACCGGGCGAACCUAACGAAAAUCUUCCUUGGGCCGCAAAAUGAGUUUUGAGUCAGGUUUAGGAUGAUUUUGCAUCUAUACUAAACCAAUUAUUUAUCGCAAAUUUAUUUUACGCAAGUUUUAAAACCACAGUAAGGUCCUAAACAAACGCGUCAGCCCGGUUAACCGGGCCAGCCCGGCACCAUGCAAUCAGCCCCAUAGACCUAACCGGGAGCAGUUGUGAAAAAUGCAGCUAUAGACCCAGUGACAGGAAUCUGCGGUCAGUAGAGCUCGACAACUGCACUCUGUAGCUCAGGCCCCGUUUACAUGAGACAGGAACGAAGUCAAACCGGGACCAUUUCGUUUCGGUCACAGUAUUAUUUCUAACUGUAGAUGUUUACAUGAGACCGGGACGAAAAUAAAGCCUGGUUCACAUAUAUGCCUGCGACGUACCGGCGACGAUGCCAAUGGUAGCUUUAAAACGUAAAUUAUGUGAACAUUUGUUCGCCGAUUGCCUCCAGUGCCUCAGUUACAUCGGCGGUAGCUGCGGUAUAGGCCGGGAAAGUUGACUUGAGUUCAACUUUGCCGGUAUUUCGGCGGCAAGUAGAGGCAUAAUGAUACAGUCGCAGGCAUAUGUAAACCAGGCUUAACUCGGUCUCAAGUCGGAACGCGUGCUGGACCAAGCUGGCUGACUUCAGACCGGGAUCAAUGUACACACAAAUACAUUUGAGACCGGUCUCGGCUGUAACCUUGACAUUGGAACAACACAUGCUAACAAAAGCCAUCUAAAAUAGAUCGUUAGAUCUAAUAAAUGUAUAUAAAUUUAUACUCGAAACUUUCAUCUACAAAAUCUUUCAUAUUUAUUUAUUUAUUUAUUUAUUUAUGUACUAAAACAUAUUUUAACACGGUAGCUAAUCAACUAAAAAAAAUAUUUACAAGGUUGUCGUUGCUUUUCAUUAGGCCGUGUACUUACUGACAGCAUAAAAUAUUCCCACCCACCCUCCCCAAGCCACCCUAAUAAUAUUAGAAAGAUUUAAAGUUUGUUCGUUCACUGCAACCAGGUAUAUCAAUCGUGUUUCUCUCGCUACUCUGGUUUAAAUACAUGAUUACGAAGCCCAGUCGAAUUGUAAUCAAGACCCAACGUUUCGACACUCCGAUCUAGUGUCUUCAUCAGGGGUGAUCUAAUGAAAAAGAAGACACUAUACUAGGGUGUCGAAACGUUGGGUCUUGAUUACAAUUCGACUGGGCUUUGUAAUCACUAGUUUAUUAUAAUCACUAUAGUCGUUCAAGAGUUUUAUUUCUUUCAUUCCAAACUUUAGCAGCAGUAUAACCGAAAGUUCGUUUCAUUGAGUUUGUUUUUCAAUGUGAAGCUUCAACAAUUAGUUGCCCAAAAGCCGGAUGUUUACCCAGUCUAUUAUUGUGUGUGCACAACAUUUUUUGUAAGGAAUUGCUUUCUUUCGAUUAAAUUAUUUCUUAGAAAUAUUGUUUUACUUUUAAGGUCAAGAAAAUGCGGAGUAGUCUUGAAUUUGUCAAAUUCGACGAGGAGGACAGAGGAGAGAUCGAAACGUCCGCACGGGGAUUUUAUCCCUACGGUGUUCAACCCCGGGAGAAAGAUCACACUAUCUAUUUAUGUUACUACGAACUACAGGGUAAGUGUUCACAUUGAAUCCAUAAAGAAAUAGAACGCGAUCUAAAACUUUCUUUUUAGCAUGUUCAAAUGAACGAAAAUAUGUCUGAUAUGAAGUUACUUUCGUUCACUCUCAUAGGUAAACAAGAUGCCCCGCUUGAAACUGGGGAGGCAAAUUCGGAGAAAAUCGCUCAUUCUGAGAAAUUAUUUCACGAAUUCAUGAAAUCGAACGAAGCCAACGAUUCGGAAAUUGCCAAGGAAGAAGUUUCACGGCUACGAAAUGGCAAGGUAAUUGCUUUUCAACGUAGGCUCGAUUACCAUUUUUAAACUGUUAGCUGGCACAUCCAGUAUAAAUAAAGUUAGUUUAGUUGAGGUUUCCUUCUGUAGUAACACUGGAUCAAUAAGGGAUGACUCUUACUAGACCUCUACAGAGAACAGUUAAGAACUGAUAGAGCUAUUCAGUUAGUUCGCAAUGUUUAUAUGAUUUCAAUCUUAUAUUUUCAGAAGCUUCCCGAGCUAAAGACCUCAACCUAUCACGCUAUAAUAAUCGCAACUGGUUUUGUGAUUUCAACAGUCGCUAUUUUGGUCGGGGCUCUGCUUGUAAUCUCAUACUUCACAAGGCGCUGGUCGGCCGAUCUUAAACGAGAUCGAACGGCGAGUUCACGAAGAGCUACGAAACCCUCCGAAGAAAAUACGAGUACCGAUGAACCUGAGCCGAUGCUUCAAGACAACAAACAGAUGUGCUCCGAUAAUGAUCCGACAUAUACCGACAACGACCCGGCGUGUCCUGAAACCGAUUUCGGCGAAACCGACACGGAACACGAAGAACUUGUGGAAGAUGGGUUUUUACCAUCCGAUUCGCAGUUGAAGUCUGGACUUGAGUUUUUAUUUUUAAAACAACAAAAGCGAAAAUGGCUGCCAAGAAACAGCCGGAAAUAAUAAGUAAUAUUAAAUAAUUUCAUUUGUAAAUAGACUGAAUAUUUG